AUGAAGCUCCUUGUCUGGAAUUGUAGAGGUGCUGGUGGUGCUACAACUGUCCAUACGAUUUGUGAGCUUGUUCGAGCGCACGACCCGGCGGUCUUGGUGUUACUUGAAACCAGGGUUCAAAGUCUAAAAGCUAAUCGCAUCCUUCGUAGGAUUAGAUUCUCAGCCAUGGCCACUGUUGAAACGCUAGGUUUUGUUGGUGGGAUAUGGUUAUUAUGGAGAACUGACUUGGUUAAUGUGGAGGUUCUACCACCACAUUCUCAAGCUUUAAGUGCCGUAAUUCGUCGGUGUAAUGAGGUGGAUUGGCUCUUCACCGCAAUCUAUGCUAGUCUAUGUGCUCACUCUCGAACUGAACUGUGGGAUUAUCUGGCAGGUGUAGCUCAUGGCCUCUCUCUACCUUGGUUAGUGGCUGGUGAUUUCGACCAAAUUAUGGCUCAUUCUGAAAAACAAGGAGGUGCCUCAUCUCAUCGUCAAUUAAUUAUGUUCUGGGAUAAUAUUAAUCGUUGUCACCUUUUAGAUUUGGGUUUCUCAAGGCCGAAAUUCACCUGGACAAACGGGCGCAAAAGGGUUGCUAAUAUUAAAGAGCGAAUUGAUCGAGCUCUUUGUACUGAUUCGUGGCGUCAUUUAUUUCCAGAGGCGUGGGUCCAGCACCUUCCCAUGAUAAACUCUGAUCACUGUCCUUUACUAAUUUCUUUGUUUGGGACAAUUCCUCAACACUCUGAACGCCCAUUCCGAAUUGAGGCAGCUUGGCUAACUCACCCUACCUUUAAGGAUGUUGUUCAUCAUUCUUGGAGCUUCGCAGAGAAUAAUUUGCCUUUAACCAUUGAUCGUCUUGUGCAUGCUGUUACUAUUUGGAAUAAAGAAGUCUUUGGGAAUAUUUUCUGGAGAAGGAACAAGGUUUUGGGUAGACUGAGUGGUAUCCAACGAGCCUUGGGCUCUUCCCCUAAAUCAUUUCUGGAGCAACUUGAAUCGGAACUUACACAAGAAUACAAUAGAAUUCUUCUUCAGGAGGAGGUUCUUUGGUUUCAAAAGUCUCGAUCUAACUGGCUUAUGUUUGGUGAUGCUAACACUCGCUUUUUCCAUACUUCCACUCUAAUUCAACAUAAACGAAAUAGAGUCAUGGCUCUAAGAAAUGAUGAUGGUUCUUGGUGUUCAGAUCAACUGGAGUUACAACGUAAAGCUAUUCAACAUUUUCAAAAGUUGUUCCAAUUUGAGUCUGGGAUCUCCACUUCUCCUUUAACUCACUCAUUGCCGAUCUUAACCCCUAGAGAGGUGGCGCUUCUCAAUCGUCCUAUUUCAGCUACUGAAGUUAAAGAUGCUAUUUUUUCAUUGGAUCCUUACAAAGCCCAUGGUCUUAAUGGAAUUCAACCUUUCUUUUAUCAACAACUUUGGGAUGUUGUUGGGCCGACUCUCACCAUAGUUAUUCAGCAGAUGUUUGCCUCUGGAGACAUUCCCACAGAUUUGAAUAAGACUCUCAUCACCCUCAUUCCUAAGGUGGAUCAUCCCUCUACUAUGAAUCAUUUUCGCCCCAUCUCCUUGAGCAAUGUCACCAUGAGAAUUUUAUCCAAAAUUCUGGUAUUUCGGGUACGCCCUUUUCUCACGAAGCUUGUUAAUCCUCUUCAGAGCAGCUUUAUUCCUGGUAGACAAGCUACGGAUAAUAUCGUGCUCGUUCAAUAG